UGCCCCUCGUUUUUAUUUCCAGAAACAACACAGUCCAGGUGUUUCAAAAGAGCACCAGAAGAACAAAAACAAGCAAGAUAUGGCAGGAGAGGAAGAGACGACCACCGCAGCGACAAUCGCAACGACCCCAACAUGGGCUGUUUCCACUGUUGUUUUCCUCUUGAUUUUGGUCUCCAUUUUUAUUGAGCAUUUGCUUCAUCUCUUGGCCAAGUAUUUCAAUAAGAAACGAAGGAAAUCUCUGAUUCAGGCUCUUGAUAAGAUCAAAUCCGAAUUAAUGCUGCUGGGGUUCAUAUCAUUGCUUUUAACCGUGAGUGAAAAAUCAAUAGCAAAUAUAUGCAUUCCAAAGAACGUGGGUGAAACUUUUCUACCCUGCACUGAUCCUUCAAAUGAUGGUGAGGAAGAAGCAAAAUGCCAAGAGCAGGGAAAGGUGUCAUUAUUGUCUAGACAAGGUGUGGGGGAGCUUCAGUACUUAAUAUUCGUUCUGGCUUUCUUCCAUUCUUUGUCAUGCGUCCUUACAUUCAGUCUUGGAAUGGCAAAGAUGAGGAGGUGGAAAUCUUGGGAAGCAGAAACAAGAACAUUAGAAUAUCAAUUCUCAAACGAUCCUCGAAGGUUCCAACUUCUCCAUCAAACAUCAUUCGCAAGGCGACACCUGAGGUUUUGGAGCCAACACAGAUUUCUUCGUUGGCCGGCAUGCUUUCUCCGACAGUUCUAUGCAUCGGUUUCCAAAGUGGACUACUUUACGCUCAGACAUGGAUUCAUCACAGCACAUUUUUCAGAGGGAAGCAACUUUGACUUCCAAAAGUACAUUAAAAGAGCUUUGGAAAAGGACUUUGGAGUGGUUGUGGCGAUAAGCCUCUGGAUUUGGAUCUUCUCGAUGCUCUUCAUAUUCUUCAAUGCACAUGCAUUUUACAAUUAUCUCUGGCUUCCUUUCAUUCCACUAUUGAUGCUAUUGGUGGUUGGAACGCAACUCCAAGGCAUCAUAACAAGGAUGUGUUUGGAUAGUCAACACAGAGGCCGAGUUGUGAGAGGAGCUUUCCUGGUUAGGCCGAGUGAUGGUUUCUUCUGGUUUGGCUGGCCAGAGUUGCUUCUCCACAUCAUGCAUUUCAUAUUGUUUCAGAACUCUUUUCAACUGGCAUUCUUCACAUGGACUUGGUAUGAAUUUGGAUUUAGAUCAUGUUUCCAUCGAAGAACUGACGACAUUGUGAUAAGAGUAGUAAUGGGAGUUUUGGUCCAAAUCCUUUGUGGCUAUGUUACUCUGCCUCUCUAUGCUCUAGUCACUCAGAUGGGGACAUCUAUGAAGAAAACCGUCUUCCCAGAAGCCGUGGUGGAAGGUCUGAACCGAUGGCGAACCAACGCCAGAAGAAACGUCGAACUGAAAAAUAAUUACAUGGCGGCUGGGCCUUCACUCGAGACCUCGCCUUCCAUAGGAACUUCUUCACCUUCGUUCAGUCUUCACCCUUCUUAUUCGGUAAGUACUUUUGAUCAGGCACCCGAGCCUGAGUACGUUGCCGUCGACAUGAUGGAGUCUGAAGAAAGGGAAAAUAGAACAAACAGGGAAUCAGAGAUAGAACUACAAACGAGAGGUUCCUUUGAGGGUUUUGAUUUGAGAAACGUGUCAUCAGUUCAUCGUCAUUAAACAUCGGUCUAGUGGGGUGUACAGUCGUCUAGUGUUGAUAAAUAGAUUAAAUUUCAGCUUUAAAUAUUAAUUUUGA